CGCCGGGCGCAGAGCUCGGCGCGGGGAGGGUCCCCAGGGCAGACGCGCGCCGCACCCGGUUGCCGUGGUAACCCCGGGCGGCAGCCGGAGCCACCGCCGGAAGUGACGCGAGUUCACCUGCCGAGCGGGGGCGGGGGCGCAGAGGUGCCGCCGCCGUAGCCGCCGCGAGCUAGUCGGGAGCGCGCCAGGCGCCGGGAGACGGGGACCCGGAGCGAGAGCCGCUUACCUGCAGCCGCCGCCCGCGUCCCGGCAGCCACCAUGGCGCUUCUGCUGCGCUUCGUGCUCCUGUGCGGAGUCGCGGAUUUCGCCAGAAGUUUGAGCAUCACUACUCCAGAACAGAUGAUUGAAAAAGCCAAAGGGGAAACGGCCUAUCUGCCGUGCAAAUUUACACUUAGUACUGAAGACCAGGGACCGCUGGACAUUGAAUGGCUGCUAUCACCAGCUGAUAAUCAGAAAGUGGAUCAAGUGAUUAUUUUAUAUUCUGGAGACAAAAUUUAUGAUGACUACUAUCAAGAUCUGAAAGGACGAGUACAUUUUACGAGUAAUGAUCUCAAGUCUGGUGAUGCAUCGAUAAAUGUAACUAAUUUACAGUUGUCAGAUAUUGGCACAUAUCAGUGCAAAGUGAAAAAAGCUCCUGGUGUUGCAAAUAAGAAGCUUCAGCUGACAGUUCUUGUUAAGCCUUCAGGUACAAGAUGUUACAUUGAUGGAUCAGAAGAAAUUGGAAAUGACUUUAAACUAAAAUGUGAACCAAAAGAAGGUUCACUUCCAUUACGAUAUGAAUGGCAAAAAUUGUCUGACUCACAGAAAUUGCCCACCUCAUGGUUAACAGAAAUGACUUCAUCUGUUAUAUCUGUAAAAAAUGCCUCUUCUGAGUACUCUGGGACAUACAGCUGUACAGUCAAAAACAGAGUGGGCUCUGAUCAGUGCCUGCUGCGCCUAGAUGUUGUUCCUCCUUCAAAUAGAGCCGGGACAAUUGCAGGAGCUAUUAUAGGAACUUUGCUUGCUCUAGUGCUCAUUGGUCUUAUCCUCUUUUGCUGUCAUAAAAAGCGAAGAGAAGAAAAAUAUGAAAAGGAAGUUCAUCAUGAUAUCAGGGAAGACGUGCCUCCUCCGAAGAGCCGUACAUCCACUGCCAGAAGCUACAUAGGCAGCAAUCAUUCAUCCCUGGGAUCCAUGUCUCCUUCCAACAUGGAAGGAUAUUCCAAGACUCAGUAUAACCAAGUACCGAGUGAAGACUUUGAACGUGCUCCUCAGAGUCCGACUCUCCCACCUGCUAAGUUCAAGUACGCUUACAAGACUGAUGGGAUUACAGUGGUAUAAAUAUGAAGGACUACUGAAGAAUCUGAAGUACUGUACUAUUUGGCUUUAUUUUAGACCUCUAGUUAAGACUUAAAUGUUUUUUGAAAAAAAGAACAAGGUACAAAGAUUGGAGUGGCUGUAAGAACAUUUUUCUGCUUCAAGCAAUGGCAUUGGGCAUAUAACUCAGAAGACAUAUUGAAAUUAGUACUACAGGCCAAAUUCCUGGUUUAAAAAAUCCUAUGGAUAGUAACUUUGGUAAUUAAAAGACGUUUUAUUAUAUUUAUAUUUUCAAUUAGCUACCACUAAGAAAUUUUUAACUUUUUACAUACAUAUUUUGAUAUGUGGUCUUUGGGGAAAGUAUGGUUAAUAAAAAGUUGAUUUUUUAAAGGAAAUACUGAAAUUCUCACAUUUUGUUUAAUAUUUUUGC